AUAUGCUAACCUAAAACAAUAUUUUGAUGGAUUCUCCAAUUUAAAUUUACGCAAUCUGUUAUCAAAUAAAAAAAUAUUGGGAGAAACGCACGAAGAUAGGAAUAAAAAAACUUAUAAAGGACAAAUAUCGGUAAUUGGAUAUGCAAAGAACUUAAAAGACAUUGUUCUUUUUUCCCCUAAUAAACAAUGGCAUUAUCAACAACCUCAACAUCGCCAACUGAUAAUUUAGCAAAAUUACCAUGGGAGCCACAUCGACUUUCACACUCUAAGCCAUCAUUUGACAGUCAGGAGAUGGCCCUCGCAAGUCGUAAGGAUUUAUGGCAUAAAUUUAUCAUCUUUGAUGGUGCUUUGCAUAGUCAGACCGAUGUCUUACAUGCUGUAGUAACUGCCUGUGAACCAGAAAUCCUAAUACCAAUUAUGUAUACCAUUGAAAAUAAAAACAAAAGUACAUUCCUAGCAAAAUGCAAUAGUACUACCAUUGAAAAUAUGGUAAAGCAAGGGUUAUGCGUAGUAUUGCCAGGUGGCCAGGAAUUGGUCAUGGACAUUGUGUUAGGAUUUCUUAGCAUGCAUAAGCUACCAUUAAAUACAAACAGAAUCAUUGUGCAGGCCCUGCGCGACAGAUACGAACCAGUAAAAAAAGUAUUUAAUCUGGACGACUUCGAGAAUGAAAAAGCGCUGGGCUCGAUAUUCUGUCCCAUCUCUAUACCAAAAAUUCUACACUUUGUUCUGCUUUGUAGCAAAAUGGGAAUUAUGGGUAGCAAUCGGGAACCCAGAUUGCCGGUUCGCGAAUUAAGCCUAAAGAAUAACAAGAUUACAGCUAUCAUACUAUUUGACAAAUUUUUCAGCUACCAUCUAACUAAAUUGGACUUGAGACAUAAUCAGAUUUUGGAUGUGGAAUAUUUACGUUAUUUCUGUGAAUUUAAGAUAAGUGAACUCUGGCUGGAUGGGAAUCCGCUGUGCACGAGAUAUACAAGCUCUCAGGAAUAUGUACAUGCUGUAAAAAAUGUUUUUCCACACCUGCAGAAGUUAGAUGGAGUUGUGAUAGGAAUAGAAAAAAAGUUUGUACCUUGCAUACAGAGUAAUUAUCUCGGCAAUGGAACAAAGAUCUCUUUGAUCAAACAAUUCGUCAGACACUUUUUUACAUUGUACGAUCAAGAUGAUAGAAUAGUCAUGAAUGGUUUGUAUGACAAGAACGCGGUUUAUUCCAUGACAUUAGGUACUACAACGAAUCACACAUAUAAGGAGAUCAUCAAAACGUUCUCCACAAACAGAAAUUUGUUGAAAUUCGUCGACUAUGCCAAGUGUCACGAAUUCUUGCUGUGGGGACCCGAGAAGAUAAUUAGUGCGCUACAACGGCAGCCACCAACGUUACACAAUUUUAAGACUUUCUACAUUGACUUGUUGAACGAGGGAGACAAUCAUAUAGCCAUUUCGGUGCAGGGAUUAUUUUCAUAUCGAACAUUACCCUGCUCGCCCAUGUUGUUCAAUCGAACUUUCAUUAUUGUACGAAAGGAAGACAAUGAAUAUUGUAUCACUAAUGAUCAAUAUUAUAUCGAUGGUACGCCUGCGAGUAACAGCGAUGUAAAAUUUGAAACUAAAUCUGCUCCGAAAUUUUCACCGACGGUGCUCAGUGUGUCUGAGAAGGAACAAUUACUUCGAUUUUUACGUGAACUCACUACGAUGAAUAUUCGAUACUGCUACAAGUAUCUUCAGGAUGCGGAAUGGGAUAUAAGAAACGCGAUCACUAUGUUUAUGCAACAUUAUGCGGUUAACAAUGUACCUCCAGAAGCUUUUCAAUAAAUUUAUAUUGUAAACUUA